CGGCUAGCCCUCCGGCCCUCGCCCGGGCGGGAAGGCGACCGAAGGGGCACCUCCCGAGCCAGUGGGCCGCGGCCGACCUCACGGCCCUCGCCCGGGACCCGCCUCCGCCGGGGGCCGGAAGGUGCGCGCGGCCGGGCCGGGGCCGGGCGGGCGCGGGCCGCGCGUCGGAGCCAGGAGGGAGUUAACGCUAACCCCUCCCCCUCGGUCUGACAUCACGGGCAGAGCGGCUGAGAGGCUGGAGCUCGGCGAGUGAGAGAAAGAGCGAGAGCGGCGAGCGCGGCGCGACUCGGCGCCCGGGCAGCUCCACAUUGUUGCGGAUCGGCCGGGACCCGGCAGCGCGAGCGGCGGCGGCGCGGGGAGGGGGGGGACGCGCGGCGCACCCGGCUCGCCCUCCGCGCGCGGAGCCGCACCGCCCGAGCAGCCGAGCCGCGCGCCCGCCCGCCCGCCGCCUGGGCCCCGAGCCCACCGCGCCGCCCGCCCGCCGCCUGGGCUCGUCCCGCCGCCCUCGGAGGACGGCCGGCCAUGGACGCCUGCAAGUUGGAGCCGAGCGGGAGGGUGUGAGCGCGCCGGGGGCCGGGAGCCCGCGCCGCGCAGCCGGGCAGCCGGGCGCGCCGGGGGUGGGUCCCUCUCCCCAGGCCGGCUCUGCGUGGAAGAAGAGGGCGGGGACCGGCACGGGGAGGAGAGCGGAGGAGGAGAAGGGGGCAUGACUCGUGCAACUUGCGGCGGGCAUCCACCGAGCCUCUGAGCCGCCGGCGGCCCGGGGCCCGGAUUGCGGCCGCGCGGAUCCCACCCAGCCCACCCCGCCCCGGCCGACGGCUGCGGCUGACCUGGAUCCUCGGAGCGCCCGGCGGCCGGCAGCGAUCGGCCUUCGUCUUCCGGGCUGGUUUCUGGAGCGCGGGGAGCGCUCUCCUCGCGGCCCCUCUCGCCGGACCCCCGGACCCCGAUGGCUCGGAUGGGGCUUGCGGGCGCCGCUGGACGCUGGUGGGGACUCGCUCUCGGCUUGACCGCAUUCUUCCUCCCAGGCGCCCACGCCCAGGUGGUCCAGGUGAACGACUCCAUGUACGGUUUCAUCGGCACGGACGUGGUCCUGCACUGCAGCUUCGCCAACCCGCUGCCCGGCGUGAAGAUCACCCAGGUCACGUGGCAGAAGGCCACCAACGGCUCCAAGCAGAAUGUGGCCAUCUACAACCCCGCCAUGGGCGUCUCCGUGCUGGCUCCCUACCGUGAGCGCGUAGAAUUCCUGCGGCCCUCUUUCACCGACGGCACCAUCCGCCUCUCCCGCCUUGAGCUGGAGGACGAGGGCGUCUACAUCUGCGAGUUCGCCACCUUCCCUGCUGGCAAUCGAGAGAGCCAGCUCAACCUCACGGUAAUGGCCAAACCCACCAACUGGGUAGAGGGCACCCAGACGGUGCUUCGAGCCAAGAAAGGGCAGGAUGACAAGGUCCUGGUGGCCACCUGUACCUCGGCCAACGGGAAGCCUCCCAGCGUGGUGUCCUGGGAAACGCGCCUGAAGGGCGAGGCGGAGUACCAAGAGAUCCGGAACCCCAACGGCACGGUGACCGUCAUUAGCCGCUACCGCCUGGUGCCCAGCCGGGAAGCCCACCAGCAGACCCUGGCCUGCAUCGUCAACUACCACAUGGACCGCUUCCGGGAAAGCCUCACCCUCAACGUGCAAUACGAGCCCGAGGUGACCAUCGAGGGGUUUGAUGGGAACUGGUACCUGCAGCGGAUGGAUGUGAAGCUCACAUGCAAAGCCGAUGCUAACCCUCCUGCCACCGACUACCACUGGACCACGCUGAAUGGCUCUCUCCCCAAGGGCGUGGAGGCCCAGAACAGAACCCUCUUCUUCAGGGGGCCUAUCAACUACAGCCUGGCAGGGACCUACGUGUGUGAGGCCACCAACCCCAUCGGCACCCGCUCGGGCCAGGUGGAGGUCAAUAUCACAGAAAAGCCCCUCCCCCAGGAAGACCCUGGAAAUGUGGCCAGGUUUCUAGGGGGUACCGUGGCCAUUGUCCUCAUCCUUGGCGUGGCUCUUGCCAUCUUCAUACUGCAUCACCGACAGCAAAAGAACCAAAUGGAGCCGGACUGUGGCGGGACUUCAAUGCCCUCCUCCCAGAAGCUGGAGCCUCCCCACCACAGGCAGAGCCACCUUGCACCUGAGGACAUCCAGGGCCCACAGGGGAAGCUCUUCCUCCACUGCUCGGUGCAUUCAUUCAUUAAAAAAAAAAAAAAAAAAUCAAGUACCCAGCAGAUGCCUGACCCUGUGCUGAUCACUUGUGCCUCCCAGACAGCCACGAGCGUGAUUCUCCACCUGGAGCCAGGGAAGCAGCAGGUGCAGAAAAAAAAGAAUGCAGGUGCAGAACAAAAAGAAAUGCAACAGCUGGUCCUGCAGACCCCCUACUAUGACCUGGGAACCUCCCCCUCCUACCGCCCCUCGCCCCGUCCUCCAUCUCUGCGUCCUGCACCCCAGUCCUCCGUCCUGCCAACGACCACCCAAAAGCCAGCAGCGGCCCCUCCUCCUGGCCCCACUCCCAGCCGCUCAGAGGGCCAGCGUCCACUUGAAUGGCUGCCAUCUCUGCCCACAGCUUCUGCCUUUCAGCAGACAUGGGGGCUGGGGCGGCCCCCAGACGGCACCAGCCCAGAGACCCAGGCCAGACCACCUGGGCUCAAAGAUAACACAUUCUCUCCUGGCACUGGUGGGAGAACCAGGCCUUUGUCUUCAGGGCACAGCCAUCCUCCCUCUCGGCUGGGAGAGCCAAAGUGAGCCCAUCUUGAGAUGCCAAAUCCAGCCCCUGGUGGGGGUCGCGUUCCCAGGAUGCCAAGCCCAGAGGACCAACCUAGCCCCUACCCCCUGAUUCUAUGCAGGGGGUAAGGAGACCCCCAGCCAUUUAUUGUUCCUCAACCAGCCUAGAGAUUUGGAAGCGAGCUAGGACACACUGGGGACACAAAGUCUGCUCCUUAGACAGCAGCUAGACAGCCCCUUCCCAAGUGAGGGUGCACGCCCAACCCUGUGUCCCAGGCUGCGCUGCGUGGUCCUGUCAGUUCCAACAGAAGGGAUCAUAAUGGCGGCAUGAGCAGUUGCUACGUGGAGAGGUUCCAAACACUAUUCUGUUCAACCCUCACAACAACCUAUGUUGUAAGUCCUGUUAUCGCCCCCAUUUUCUAGAGGAGGAAACUGAGUCUCAGUGGAGUUGCGAGGUUUGUCCAACAUCACCCAGAGAGCACUGGGAAAAGCAUUAUUCAAACCCCUGGUCCUCUGGCUCCCAAGUCCAGGCCCUAACCACGCAGCAGCCACUAGGAUGAGCAGACCGGUGGGGAGUUCACCUAAAAACAGGAGCGAGACUUGCAGAGCCUCCGGGUGGGAACCAGCUGAUGCAGAGCGUCCUUCAGCCCCAGGCUUCCUGUCUGAAACAGAAUGCCCGGCUCUACUGCCUGGCUGUCCCUCAGCUCCAGGGACCCAGAGAGCACACAAGCCAGCCCCUGAGAGCUCGGGUCUGGCGUUCUGAGUUCAGUAUUGGGUGUCACUUUGGGCCACCCAAUAAACACAGAGAUUCAGCUCACCCACCCCUUCCUCCGGACGGUGAGAAAGGACAUUCUUCCCAGGCCUGAGCAUGGUUAACGUAGGAGGGAGUGCAGGGACCCUGAUAUUUCCAGAAAGGAGAAAGCCAUGCCCUGUUUAGGAUUCUCCAAAUCAGCCUCGCUCCUCAGCUCAGGCCCUAGCCAAGAAUCCGUAAACUUGUCAGAGCCCUGGGUGGACAGAGAAGGGGGGAGGGAGGGAAAUAAGCAGAAAUGGGGGUGGGGGGAGGGCUGAGGCACAGGGUGGGGAGAGGCUAGUGAUUUAGAAAGUCACGGAAGCCUCCAACGGGAUCCCCUGAAGAGGGGCCCAGGCUCGGCAUAAAAAUCGCUGUGAUGUAACGGGACAGCUGCAGCUGGCUGGCCCCAGUCCCCACUAACGACUUCCCAGUCCUGCGCUCUGACUGCUGCCCCCUCAGCCUGGCACGCAGAGCCCUCCCUGGGGGCACAGGAGGGGCCGGACAGCUCAAGGACAGCCCCACCACCUCACCCCCCCCAACAAAGCACACUUGCACACACACUUACACACUUACACACACACACGCCCUCUCUCGUACAAGCCCCUCACCCCAGGACAGCCCGCCCCGGCCCCACACCCCCAAUCACACUCCCCCUGCAACCUCUCUCCUAUAAGCUCCAGACCUUGGCACGUAGCUCCGACCCUGUCCCCUCCCUUCUAGCCCUCCCUCCCCGGCCUCUGCUCAUAUCGGAUUGAAGGAAACCCCGACUGAGCUUGUGCAUUCAAGAAACACAACAAGACCACUUGGGACACAGAACAGAGCGAGCCAACCUCUACCCAUCAGCCACGGCGCAGACGGGGCCAAAUGAUGGGGACAUCUACGGUCCCGAACCCAGAGGCCACGCGACUAGGGCACUGGGGUGGAUGCGUGCACAUGAGAAUGGCCUGUAGGGUGGCGUAGGGAGGUCAACUCUGGUGUCCUGGGGAGGCAGUGGUGUUGUCGCCAAAAGAAGUGUAAUUCCUUUUGGCUCACAGAGCAAUUACCGGGCCGGGAGAGGAUUUAUCCCCGGCGCUCUGGUCUGUUGGCAGUGCAGCUUGUAUACAAGUCACAUUAUUGAUGUCGUCAUCAAUUCUCCUGCCCAACAAGUGGUGAGAGGGAGCCAGGCAGAGAGCAUGCACUGUUCGCAGAAGCAGGGCUGGGGAGGAGAGAGAGAGGGCUGCAGGGGGUCCAGGGGCCCAGCAACUAGAGCCUGGGCGGCCCAGUGCCCGUGCUGCACACACACCCCAGGGCACUAACCAAGAUGGCAGCACAGCCCUCCAUUUCUAUCAAGGUUCCUGGGCUAGGAGUCUACACACGUGGCAGGUACCAUUUGAAGAGCUUGGUGGCUCCGGAGGCUAGAACUCAGGAAGGACUCCCAGAGGCUCCAGAGCAGAGCCACGAACUCUAGGAGAGCCAAGAGGAGGAGACAUCGCCUUGUCUCGAAGGAGAGACAAAGCCCAGGCUCGGAGCAGAAGACUGGACACAAUGACCUUUGGAGGGACGGAGUUCUGAAACUACUGUGUCGGUUCAGGUCUCUCAAGAAGGAGCCACCCAGAUGGGAUUAGAUGCGGGGCGGGGCGGGGGGGGAGGGCAGCUGUGAGGGACCAAGGAGGGAGCAGGCAGGGAGAGUUGUCAGCCCCUGCUUCAGGCCUGACACCUGGGGAGGGGGUGGGGAAGGAAGGAGGGUUGGGUGGGAGGAGUCUCAGCUGGCCUCAUGUUCUACAAAAGUUUGGGGCAGGCCGCAGAGUCCUGGAGCCACAGUCACUCAUUCACUGCUAGCAGAGUCCUGCCCCCGCAGGAACGGUCCCGCACAGGAUCCCUGCCAUGCUCAGUCCUUGGUGGGAGCAGCCGGAGGGCUGUGACCUCAGCACAGACACGGCGAGGGAUCCAGCUCCGGCUGCGUCAGCCACACUGCCCACAGCAGCCCUAAGUGGCGCAUGUCCACGGCCGCCAUGGUCCACCCUGGCACCACGGAGGUCUGCUCCGUGCCACGCGGGCCCCUCUUCCUGAGGGACGUAACCCCUGUUGCUCCAGAAGAUCUCAGGGUCACAGCUGGUACGCAUCUGUCCUUUCCACACCCCUUCUAGAUUCCUCUCCCUCAGCUACCGCCUCAGCAGGUCUCGGUGGCUUUCCCAGGGCUACGACCCAAAUCUUCAUUCCUGAGGGGUCUGAGCCCUUGACCAGCACACCCUGCUCAGCCGGGGCCAUUGCAUGUGUCCAUUCACCAUUAAAGUAGAAGCCCCAGUAGUCACCUGUGCCCUGCACAUAUCCCUCCCUGUGUGACAGCAGCCCCGCCUCCUCCUGCCGAUCAGAGCCAAUUAGCUCCACCAAGAAGGGCUCUACCAAGAAGGGUGCCUGAACACCAGCAGGCAAGUGCCCCGGUAGUAGCCUGAGCUCAAAGUGCAGUGGGGCCCUCUGCCCUCCAGGGCCCACGGUUGUGAGGCUGGGAAACACAGCUUCCCCCGCUGGGCCACUGGGAGUGGUCAGUGGGGCCACCCCUGUUUUCCCUUGGGUCUUCGGACCCAUGUAUUUCCCUGCUGGGGACACAGCACCCUAUGGAGGCUUUCAAAGUAUUGCCACCGAGCUAGCACUUCUGCUGGCAUUUGGAUGGUCCAGCAGCUACAAAUGGGGCUGCCAUUCAAUUAAGCCUCUGGUAGUCAACAAUCCUUCUCUGGGCUCCAUCCAGUUUCUGUAGGGCAGAGACUAUGGGUUAAACGGAACUAAGACAGAGACCACCCCUGUAUCCUUCUGGGCUGUAAUGACAGCAUUAGUCUCUCCCCGACCUCAGCAAUGACAUCACUUUUGACUUGCCCUCUUGGCUGGUGGGGGCAUUUCCAGAGGUUUCCACCUGGCUCUUGUCCCACAGACCAAGGGUCCAAUGCGGUAUGAGCACGUCAAACGCCAUGCCCCCUAGCAAUGAAUUUGCCCUGUUCUCUGAGGUCCUUGCCAGGGUGUUGAAUCCCAUGCCCUGCGAAGACACCCCCAAGUAAAAGCAUUCUUGCCUAUCCA